AUGGUGCGAGAGAGCGGCAUCUCGGCGACCAAGCCGAUAUUCCCCAGCUAUCUCCUGCCGAGCUUCAAGUUUACAUUUCCUGGGCGUCGCCGCCACUCUGCAUCGUCCACAUCCUCAACAGGGUCGGAACCAUCUAGUAGCCGUAGCGAUGACGCUUCAUCGGCAGUGACCACGCCAAACGGCUCUCCCCCAGAUGGCGAUUCAGCAUUCAGCAACCUGAAAAACACAGCAGAGCCUCGACGUCUCUCUCGGACGGCGGCGGAUACGCUGCGCUGCUCGAGCUGUGCUACAGACAUAGCUUUUACGUCUCAAAUCAUUUCCAAGGGAUUCACAGGUCGCUACGGCCGUGCGUAUCUGAUCGCCCCUCCACCGGCAGACUCGUCGCUGCUGAAUAUCCGCAUUGGCAAGAACGAGAACAGACAGCUUGUCACCGGUUGGCACGUGGUGGCGGACAUUUGCUGCGGGAUAUGCUCGCGCAAGCUCGGCUGGAAGUACGUGGACGCCAAAGAAGAAUCACAAAAGUACAAGGUGGGCAAGUAUAUCCUGGAGACGGAACGGGUGGUGACACAUCGGAGCUGGGAAGACACCACCAUUUCCGAGGGCCAGGAGGAGCUCAUGUACGAAACGGAACAAAACGAAGACACGGCGAAAAAGGACGAUGAUGACACCGAGAUUGAGUUUGACUCUUCGGAUGAGGAUGAGUGUGAGGCCGUCUUUGCUGGCCUUUGGGAUGCGGAAACCGCUGCGAAGCGCAGGAACCGCUUGGCGGCUAGACCGAGGGCAGCUCAGCAGCAGGGCGAAUGA